GCAAGCAUCAAUUGCGCGUGCCAUUACCUGUCGCAUUGACUUUCACACAAGAUGCAGCCAUCGUCACGAGGAUACACGGCUCCAGGUCAGAUGCGCCGUCCAACUGGACCUGGACCAAUGUACGCAGCAGGCCAUCAGACGAAUGCGCCAGCAGUCUCACAGGCCGCCCUGGCACAGUCACAACAGGAGGAACUGCGCCGUCGCGAAGCUGCACGAAGACAGGCCCGCAAGCCGACCGACCUUGACAUUGACGAUGAUCUCGCCGAAGCCACCAUCACCGAUGCCGCCAUUUUAUACCGCAAGCUACGCGACCAAGAAAAGCGACUGGAUGCCAUCAUGACAAAGAAGCGCCUGGAUAUCCUGGAGGGCACGUCCGGUCAGAUGCCCUCCGAGGGAGUGCUGCGCUUGUUUAUCAGCAACACGGCCGAAGGACAGCCCUGGCAAUUGGCCAACGACGGCAAUGCUGGCUUCAACGAGGAUGGCACCUUCGACUUUGCUGACAACAGUCAAGCUCGUUACCGUGUCAAGAUUGAAGGCAAGCUGCUUGAAGGCUCAGACGACGCCGACGAGGACUCGGAGCUCAAGGCCAGCCUCCCGCCCAUGGCCCCUAUCAAGAUGUCGCACUUCUUCAAGCGCGUCACUGUCGACUUCAACCGACCUGCUGCCCUACAGUCAGACGGCUUUAACAAAAUCGAAUGGUCCAAGAAGGAGGGUGAAGCUGAUGUCGAUUGCAUUGCUUUUGGUCGCAAGAGCGACGAAGAUCUGCAAGUUACAAUUAACCUCUAUCUUGACGAGCAGCCAGAACGUUUCAAGUUGAGCUCGCGUCUCGCUUGGAUCCUCGACAUGGACACGGCUACACGCGCUGACGUUGUCCAAGGCAUCUGGGACUACGCCCGCUUGUUCAAACUGACAGACUCCGAGGACGAACGUCGCAUCACUUGUGACGAAACUCUCAGACAACUCUUCCGUCACGAGACCGUCUUCUUCCCCAACCUUCCUGACCUCAUCCUCGAACAUCUUUCACCUCUGGAUCCUAUCAAACUCCCUUACACCAUCCGUGUCGACAAGGACUACAUUGCCCCCGAAGACGGAAGCACACCCCCCUCAAAAUACAUGAUCUGGGACGUGCGAGUCAAGGUUCCCAGCACCACAAAGCGUCUGAUGCAGGCCAUCAUCUCAUCACCGAGACACAUGGCCAAUCUCAAGAGGAUCGCCCAGGUUAACGACGAUACGGCCCUUCUGCUCGAAAAGGCACGCCAUCUCAACUCGAAGCGCAAGUUCUUACUCUCGCUUUCUCACGAUCCUGCCACGUUCGUCAAGCGCUGGACCUCGAGUCAACAACGUGACCUCGAGAUUAUCCUUGCCGAGGCUGGUAGAGGUGGCGGUGACGAUGGCUAUGCGGGUGAAGAGUUCCGCAGAGGUGGUAAGGACGGCGCAUGGGGAACAGAUCUGGCUCGCGAAGCUGUGGGUUUGUGGCUGGCAAGACAAAAGGGCCAUUGAAAUGUUUCUUGUGAGCUUGGGCUGAUUAGCGACGGCGUUGGGAAUCUGGAGUCAUGGAUGAGGGGCCUAGGUGGCCAAGUGAAUUUGCAUUAUGGGAGGUGAUUUAUAAAGGCAUUCGGAAGAUUCGGAGCUGAUCUCCACACAAAGCUUCCCCGUGGAGCAAACACGAGUUAUCGAAGGGGCUGUGUUCGUCUUGAAGGACAGGUUCAACAUAGACCCGGUUGCGAGUCGUACGUAGACUGCCAAUGGUAUCGCGAUUAGAACCAGAUUAACCCCUGUGGAACCAAGAUAAUUCAUGAUACAUUGUUCAAGGGUGUGGUUAAGAAAGCACGUCCGCCAAAAUUGAG